UAUGUACACGUACGUGUUUGCGUGUGUGGUGUAUAUCUUGAAUGACACAAUUAUGCACAAGCAUACUGUUUGUUACGUAUUGCAAGCAAUAUUUAAAACAAACAAAAAUAUCGUGUUCCUCUACUAUCUUUGUUCAUUAGCAAAGAGCUGGCAAAUCUUUUACAGAUGUUUUUAACUCUGUGGAAUAUAUGGUAUUUACAGGAAUAUUUACUACUUCUGCAUAAUCCCUUGGUGUUGUGAGAAACUCCUACGUCCCACCCUCUGACUCCUAAUAGAUAAUCUUUGUCAGAAUAUUCACUUGAGGCUGUUAUAGUUUCAGUGGAUUUUUCUGAGCUGUGAAAAUGGAUCAGAUUUAACCCCUAAAUUAAUUGGUUGGGUUAGGUUUAACACCCGAAUAACCUGAAGCUGAAUUUCAGGUGCAGCUUUGGUUAAAAUCAGAGGUGCAGAUACUCGUUUACUUGUUUCCUAGAAGUUCAUGUUAGUGAAAAUUCCUUUGGAAUAAACCAGACGUUUCCCUAAAACAUUUGCUGUAUUGUGGUAGGGCAGCAAUAGAGAAACACUGUGCAAAGGCCAUUUUCAAAAAAUACAAGAACGAGACACCUUUAUAAUGUAAGAGCUGCUUUAACCACUAUUUGGUGCAAGCGAAUAAUUGCCCAGACUACAUAUUACCCCAACCCCAUGCUGAGCAUUUUUUUUUGAAACGCGGUUCUUCCGCAAGCCUUUACAUCAAAUCCAAAAGCAGUUUACUAAAGGUAAAAUGGGUCGGUACUUCGUCGUGUGUUUUAAAUGUUUGUGUGUGCUGGCGUCUGGGGAAGAGGGGACAGAGGUGGCAAACUGGUCAAUGUCAGUUGUAUUAUUCUCAUCUCUUAUGCCUAAGGUGUCAGUUUAUUCAGGAGAAAAACAACAGGGAGCCUCUGCUUCAUUUUUAAAAUAAUUUCUUUGGAUCCUAAAUGAAGAGAGGACUCCAAGUGAUUAUUCUCCCUAAAGGAAAAAAAUUGUAGGAAGACUGCAACCUUCGACUUCCAAGCUGUGCAGCUGUUGCAGAAAAUGGAGAUGAUUUUUUUUUCCUGGCUAAUGAAAAGAGAUUUUGUAGGGAAAGAAGAGCUCCCCUCAAUUUAUGAUUUAUUUUCUUUUUAAAUGGAAGUUUCAUUCUAAGAUCCCCUGAUCUUGUUUUCAUACCUGAAAUUCACUGUAUGGCCAAAUGAGAGAUGGAAUUGGGCAAAGCAUGAUAUACCUGCUUAAGAACCGCAGAAGGUUUGUAAACAUGGCAUUCAGGUUGGGAGUACAUUCUUUUGUCUCCCUGUUCUUGCUGUGAUUGCUUUUGAGGAGCAAGAGUUGAGCUGUUAAGCACCAUUUUGACCAUUUCAUUUUCCCAGUAAGAAGAAGGGAAUUGCUGCACCACAACAGAAGAAACAAGAUGGUCAGUGGAGCCACAGGAGCAAGAGAUAACAGAAGGCAAGCAGAUGCCCACUUGUGCCAGGUAUUAAAGAACAGCAUGGAUCAACUAGAACAACUUACUGCAAACAGAAGGACCAGCUUCCUCUCGGUUGACAAGAAAAAGAGCAAUGGCUGUAGAACCUUUGUGGGAUUUUUAUGCAUAUUGCCUGUGGUGGUUUUGCUGGCUAUUGUGGGCGAUUCACCUGGAGAUGCAGUGCAGAAAAAUCAGGAAGAUGCCACAUCACCUGGUCUUCUCGGAGUGAGUGCCUCUGCUUUGCACAGUCCAGCAUUCCCACCUCAGCCUCCAGCCCGGAGAAAACGAUACACGAUCACACCAGGGCACUUGAAAUGGGACCACUUCAACUUGACAUACAAAAUCCUGUCCUUCCCAAGAAACCUCAUAAACGCCAGGGACACGCGCAAGGGACUGGCGGCCGCCUUCCGCAUGUGGAGUGAAGUUUCACCGUUCAGCUUCAGAGAAGUGCCACGCCACGUAGCUAGUGACUUGAAAAUAGGGUUCUACUCUAUCAAUCACACAGACUGUCUGGAGUCUCUCAUCCACCACUGCUUUGACGGCACGACAGGGGAACUUGCCCAUGCCUUCUUCCCACCCAACGGGGAAAUCCAUUUUGAUGACCACGAAUACUGGAUAUUGGGAAAUACACGGUUCAGCUGGAAAAAAGGUGUUUGGCUUACGGAUCUGGUACAUGUAGCUGCUCACGAAAUCGGCCAUGCCUUAGGACUCAUGCACUCCCUGAACCCCAACGCCCUCAUGCACAUCAAUGCCACGUUGACUGGGAAAAAGACCAUCUCUCAAGACGAAGUCUGGGGAAUUCACAGGCUUUACGGAUGUAAAGACAGAUUAUUUAUGUGCCCAUCGUGGGCGCAAAAAGGCUUCUGUGAGAAACGCAGGAAGUUGAUGAAAAAGCACUGUCCAGCUACCUGUGACUUCUGCUACGAAUUCCCAUUUCCAACGGUUCCCCCUACUCUGCCCCCGCCAAGGACAAAAACCAAGACUGUUUCUGAAGGCAGGAACGUCACCUUCCGCUGCGGACAGAAGAUAAUUCAUAAAAAAGGCAAAGUUUACUGGUAUAAAGAUAAGGAGCUUCUGGAAUACUCAUAUCCAGGUUACUUAUCCUUAAAUGAAGAUCACAUGAGCAUCAUUGCAAAUGCAAUUAAUGAAGGAACUUACACUUGUAUAGUAAAGAAAAAAGAAAGAAUCUUGACUACUUACUCCUGGAGAAUCAGACUGAAGCACUAACGAGGGCCCUGGACCGAGCACGUCAAUUACUGCUAGUUCUGGUUCAAAAUCAAAACGUUUCUUUGGCAUUUUAUAUUUAAUCUCCGGUAGUGCAACUGACCUAAACCAGCUGCUUCCGUACCUUGGGCGAAAGAGCCUCAGACUUGAUUACUGGAACAUAAAACUUCUCCAAAUUAGUUUUGAUGAUAAAGAAUUUUUCAGGUAUGUGCUGUACAGAGAAUUACAUUUUUUUAAAAAAAAAUGUAAAGUGUCAGAUUUUGUAAUUAAACUACUUGGAUCACUGCGGCUGCUGAACAAGAACAGAACCCUUCAUCGAACAAUCGGAUGAGCAGAUCAAUGGCGCGGCUGCGUUGCUAUGGAGGCAGAGGUAUUGUGGAAAGAAAAUGACCCGGUAUACUGUGUUUUGCUGUUAUUUGUUUAGAUCCUGGUGCACAGAACUUAUAAAAAAAGUAUAAGACCUAAUAUUACUUUUUCUUUCACUUGUCAGAAGGAGGAUGUAGGGUCACAAGAAACUCUUUCUAAUGACGCCAUUCCCCAUUUCGACACAUUCCGGUCAAGUACCCACAGAACACCUUCCCCCCCCCAGCCGCUUUCCGGUGGUUCGUAUUCAUUACUCGUGUAAUCUUACCCCAAGAGACUCUUUACCUCCAGCAGCAGCUCCUCAUAACUUGUCCUUUAGGCGUGCGAUCAAUAAGCUUCUCGACUCCUUCGACAGUGAUGAGGUGAUUUCCAUCACUGGCCUCCCCAGUCACCCAAGCGAUGAGGUAAAGGUGCCACAUCCAACAGGAAAACAGCGAAUAGUCAUGGCAGGCGAGGCCUGGCGCGCUGCAACGGCUGCAGGGGAGGAGCGCUCGUUUGCAGGCAGGAAUCCCCGACAGUCACUAUAUUUAGCAGGAGCCUUAUCCAGGAUUAAAGCAGCCUACAUUGCUCUUUGCUAGGGUUCACCUAUUUUAGUUGUCCUCUUAACCUCUUGAAACAAGUUUCUUCCUACUUAAAAGCACCAACAAAACCGCAGGGCAUCUCACACACCGCAGCAGGUCAGCAGUCUAGGAAGGCCUCUGUGUUAGAGCAGAAAGGCUCUAUCAGGAAAAUUCUCCUCUGGUCUAGGAUCGUUUUUACAAUCACAGUUGAGAUUACAGCGUAGUAUAAAUAUGGUAUGUACUACAGCAAAUACAUUAAUAAAAAAUGUGUCUUUGCAUGGACAAUUAAGCUCAGGCCCAUAAAAAGCAAGCAAAAAUAGACAACUGAGACAAGUAAAAGCUGACGUGCAGUAACCAAUGUCACACGCCUCAGGGAGAGCUGGGUUUUCCCUCCUACAAAAAAACCACAACAACCCAGGACUUACAGCUCUCGCUCACAACCAUAUAAAAUUUCCACUGCAAUCCAGCAUCAGGGUUUCUUUGUUUUACUCAAACUAUCCCAACUCAGGUCAAUAACCCUUUUGUGUCAGGAACAUGGAUCGUCCAGCGAUGCCCGCGCGGGCGGCCACACUGCCAAGGCCGCUAGGAAGGAAAUAAUUUCACGGCGCGCAAGAAGCACAGCGCAGCCGACGUACGAAACGUGCCGUCACGGUCUGAUGCUGUGGAGCUGAGCCCAGGCCGUGGCAAAACGGCUCCUUUCCUGUGCUCUGUGGGGUGGAAUAAAAACCAAACCACACCACACCUGCUUUUCAGUGGGCUAUUGAUCUCCACCUAUGAGGAAUCUUGCUAAAAUCACAGAGAUUUCAGUUAACAGACUCAUAACGGAACCGUUUCGCCUUCAGUACUAGGGAAUCAAUCAGGCCUAAAACGAAAAUAGUUCUGCAUUCCUCCACCGACAAACACCCCAAAAGUACUGUUUUCAGAAUUAACCACAAUUUUAGUACAUCCAAAUCCCAGUUCCAAGGCCUUUACCCAGAAAAACUCUUCAAAUGCACUGAAAUUAAUGGCAUGUUUAUAAUUUAAGUCAAUCCUUUCACUGGACUGGUGCCCAGGUCUGACUGCAUGAAUAUCCCGCUAUUUCCCAAAUCCUCCUGUUCCCAGAAGAGAACGAUAGCGUUACACAGCUGAGAGGCCGUGAUAUUCCAACACGAUUCCUCUGGUCUGUCAUCUUACGAGAAAGGACUGGACUAUGGCAUUAUGCAAUCAGUAAAGCUAAGCUCCGCUUUGUUUUUUAUGGAAAAAGGGCAUCUUUAAAAGAACUUUCUAUAGGAAACAGUUUCAAGUCUCCAUAUUACGUCUCUCUGAUUUCUAAAACAAUAGAGCAGUUCUUUUCCACCAGUGCCAUUGGAAAUACACGCCUACGCCGCAGCGGUGUUCUGCGCAGUCGUGGCCCCCAAAGUUCUGUGAGUAUCGAGCCCAACCCAGCGGGCGCUCCCCAAGGCAGGCAACAGGAAAGCAAGCUCACAACUGGUACGGAUUUUUGCCCUGACUGUAUUCAGACGUGUACGAUUUACUUAAAGAAGUUGCAUGCCCAGGCUGACGAUACGCUGUAACGGUGUCAGCACCCACUGGGGGCGGCGGGAGGGGGGAAUAACUUUCCACUCUAGAAGACUUAAUGCCACCAACAAGCAAAGUUUGCUGCAUGUGAAGAAAUGAAAUCCUUCACACUGUUAAACAAUUAAAAAUGUAUUUUAAUUCUACAAAUUUACAAGAAAAAAAACCAAAAUAAACCCAACAAAAAGAAAAACCUGAAAAUAAACCAGAAACUGUUCCAGGAUUGUACUUCAAGUUUUCCUUUGUCAAAUUUUGUAAUGAUCCUUGGCUUUUCGGGUUAAUUCCAGUCCUCUAAUGGAAUGCAGCAGUUAUACUCCACACCCAGCAAGAGCCUUUGAAUCUGUGAUGACAUUUGACUUUUUCCCUGUGAAAAACAACUAGUUCCCUGACGUGAGGAACAGAACUUGGGCACCCAGAAAUCCACUCACAUGAACAGUUCUCUUUUUUUGUUGUUCUUUUUUCCCCCCCUUUUAACGUCGAGUUUAAAACUUGAGGCUGAAACCAGGUCCUGCAGCAGAUGCUCCUUGAUUCGUGGUGGUCAGAUGAAAACCUGUGUCUUUCAGAUCAUCAUCACCCUGCGAAAAACAAUCACAAUUCAUUUGUCAGGAAGUGGCUGCAGCUGUAUUUUCCCCUCCAACACAAUAAUCUAAACAACCACCACCACGGCAUCUUUAGGAGAUGAGAAAGGAACGUCUGAUUUAGCAGCACCAUAGCCAAGGCCGAUGCAGAGCGUUAUUCAUGAUCUUUAAACACUGCUAUUGCGAAGGCUGUAUUUUCUAAAGGCAUCUCAAGCAUAGUCCUAGCUUGUCUACCUACUUUUGACUGCACGUGUGAAAGGUGAAACAAAUUUGUGAAGACCCUCUAUAAAUAUGUCCAAACUACACUUAUUCAGCAUCUGAUGAGGCACGCUCUGCAUAUCCCCCGUGACAAUUUUUAUACCCUCAAAACUCAAGGCUAAACAAACUUCUAGGCUACGUCACCUGUUAAACUGGGCACAAUAAGGGUACAGUGCCACUUCGUCCCUGCCGAGACAUGGAAAUGGCAAUAAGAGUUGAUGCAAUUAAGGCACCCGAGACCGUAACACGCCCUCCUUACACCGGCGUCUUUUUCAGCCAGCUUCUUUUCAAAAUGGGCAGCGCGCUCCCCAGACAGGAAGAACCCCAGCCUCGCCUUUUUUGAAUUCUUCUCCAAAUACUGGGAAAAGGAGCCUGUUUCUACCCACAAGGUACGCGCAACUUCCCAGGCUUUGGACUUUUUUCACGAAUAAAUUUGCAGCUUUGAAAGCUUAGCUGGAAGCGUAAACCUGUGUACACUUUCAAAGGACAAAACGUUCUGCGCCGCGACAAAACCGGCCUCAGAUUAUGUACUGGAAUUACAGUUCUGUGCAUGCAACAGUUAUCGGACCUGCCCUUUGAGAGGAACCGAGGGAAAGCCAGACUUCUGUCGGACUUCUGUACUGGCUUUUUCACGCAAGUACAGGUGAGCCUCGGAUCCCAGCCCCAGGAGACUAACAAAAUGCAGUCCACGUAAACUUCCCCGAAAUCAGGAUUUGGACGUGGGAAUCCUGUGCCCGCGGCCUCGAUCCGCCCCCGCUCACCAACUGACUGUAUCCGAGGCCUCCCUCAGGCGGUCGUGGGCUGGUGCCGCGCUUUACCCGCUGCUGUUCACUUUUUGCUGGCCAGGUGGGAAACAUGGAGGGG